AUGACCUCAGUCAAGACCGCCCUCGCUCUUUCGAUUCUCUCGAUAUCCGCCCUGGCCGCUCCUCCAGAUGUCUCCCACGCAGAGCUCGUAGCCGAGCGGGAUCUGGGCGACCAGAGCUAUGCACCUUACAUGGUGGAUUGCCCAACAAACGUUACAUGGGUCCGAAAUGCUACAACUGGAUUGGGGGACGGUGAAAGGGCUUUCCAAGAAGCCCGACAGGAGCUCGUACAGCCCGCCAUUGAAAAAAUGAUGGCUGCCCGAGGUCUCGCCAAUCCUCCCCGGACACCCAUCAUCGGAGUGGCGCUGGCUGGUGGCGGUUAUCGUGCCAUGCUUACUGGCCUUGGUGGCGUCAUGGGGAUGAUGAAUGAGAGUACCGAGGCCCAAGACAGUGGUACUGGAGGCUGGUUGGAGGGAACCAGCUACUGGGCUGGUUUGAGUGGUGGAAGUUGGGCUACUGGCUCCUUUAUGGCUAAUGGCGGACAGCUCCCUAUUGAUCUCUUGACCAACCUCUGGGAUAUGAGCUCCGACCUCGUCUUCCCCGACAGUGGCAAGCUCACUUUCUACCCCGAGCUAUACCAAGAGACCAACGCCAAGUCUGACCAAGGAUUCCCUAUUCAGAUCACCGACAUCUGGGGUCUCGCCAUCGGCAAGCACGUCUUACCCGAAGAAUAUCAGCUCUCCAACAGCCCCAACUUGACAUUCUCCAGCUUGCCAUCUGUUGUUGGUGCUUUGGGUAACGCCAGUCUGCCGAUGCCCAUCAUCAUUGCUGCGGAGAGAGAGUCGGGAGAGCUGGUCAUUGCCGAGAACGCUACAGUGUACGAGUUUACGCCUUACGAGUUUGGAUCUUGGGCUUUGGGCACCAAUUACAAGGCCCCGGGUGCGUUCACGCCCCUCGAGUACCUCGGAAGUGAGGUCAACAACGGGUCCUCCAACGGCACCUGCUGGAAGGGAUUCGAUCAGCUCUCAUUCAUCAUGGGGACUUCCGCCACCCUGUUCAACGGCAUCUUCCUCUCUCUCAACUCUUCCGAGUCUAGUCUUCUCAACUCUCUCGUCCUCAGCAUUCUCGGCGAGCUCGGCGAGGAUGAGCUCGACAUCUCUCGAAUUCCCAACUCUUUCGCCAACUACAACUCUGACGAAAACCCAGUCUCUGAUUUAGAAUACCUCACCCUCAUUGACGCGGGCGAGACCAACCAGAACGUGCCUUUGGAGCCUCUCAUCGCGCCUGCCCGUGCCGUUGAUGCUAUCGUGGCCUUCGACUCGUCUUAUGACACCACCUACAUCUGGCCCAACGGUACCGCCCUCAGGACUACCUAUGAGCGAGCCAAGGUGCUUGCGGAGCAUGAGAAUGUCAAGGUGCGAAUGCCAGAGAUCCCGAGCGAGGCCGGUAUGAUCAACGGUGGCUACAACACUCGUCCUACCUUCUUUGGGUGCAAUGACACUUCCACCCCGGUCAUCAUCUACAUUCCUUCCUACCCGUGGUCGUACGCUGCCAAUACUUCCACUUACCAACUCGCAUACGACAAUGAUGUCGCUGAGGGUGUCAUGUUCAACGGCAUGCGCUCCCUGACGCUCAACAACACUGUUGAGACCUGGCCCACUUGCUUCGCCUGUGCCCUCACAGACCGGGCCUUCGGCUACACCUCCUCCAACCGAUCUUCCGAGUGCCAGUCAUGCUUUGACACUUGGUGUUGGGCGGGCGAUGACAAUACGACCGACCCGGGGACGUAUGAGCCCGAAAUUGGAAGUGUGCCGCCUUGGCUGUUGGCGCAGGGGCUCAGUACUGGGGUUGCGGGUGCGCCUGAUACGACCUCGAGUUCUUCAUCUUCUGAUGGCGACUCUGGAGACGCCAGUGGUGCGGAGAAGCUCGGGGCGAGCUUGAGUCUGGUCUUGCUGGCUUCGGCUGUGGGAUUCCUACUCUAG